AGUAUCUCUAGUAAUGGGCUUUCUAUGUAUAGAGCCUCAAAAUCUCUUUAUUCUUUCCCAAAGGAUGUAGAACCUCCAGCUCAGACUCCUCCAGCUGCUAGCUGUGACGGAGAAGCUGUAGAAGGUCCAUCAGUUGAAUGCAUUGAAAACACACCAGAAGCAUCAGAGAAGAAAGAAGAAUCUCUGUGUGUUCCUGUCUUGAAGGACGAUGAAUCUAUGGAAAUUGAUGGAGAUAGUGAAAACACACCAGAACCAUCAGAGAAGAAAGAAGAAUCUCUAUGUGUUCAUGUCUUUAAGAAUGAAGAAUGUUUGGAAAGUGAUGGAAAUGUAUAUUACUCAUUUAAGACUGGAGGGUCACCAAGAUCAGAGCCUCCACACACGGAUGAUGAUGGAGAAGACUUAGAAUUUGUAACAGCUAAAAGUGCUGAAAUUCCUCCAGAACAAGAAGCACUGCCUCCAGUUGCUGACUAUGCUGAGAAUCCUCCAGAGCAAGAAGCACUGCCUCCAGUUGCUUACUAUAAUGAACAGGCAAUAGGAAUUCCAGUGGUUUAUGAUUAUCAAGCAGUAGAUUAUUAUGACUGGAAAAAACUUGGACAAGGAGGAUUUGGAACUGUGUAUAAGGCAAAAUAUCGAGAGACCCACUACCCUGUGGCUAUAAAGAUCACAGAAAUCCAAAAGAGAUACACUGAAGAAAUCAAAGAACUAGAGGAGGUGUAUCUGAUGCAGAAAGUCUCUGGACACAAAAAUACCGUGGAAUAUUACGGUUCCAUGAUCAAUGUCACUCCAGAGUCAAGCCAGUUAUGGUGCAUUAUGGAAUAUUGUUGUGGCGGAUCCCUAUAUGACCUGCAGAAAAUGUACAGAUCCCUCCCAGAGUAUGCAAUUCAGUACAUAUCUAGAGAAGUGCUAGAGGGCUUGAACUACCUACAUGAGAAAUGGAUUGUGCACCGUGAUAUCAAAUGCAUGAAUAUCACGCUAACCUAUCCAGCUAAAGUUAAGAUAAUUGAUUUCGGGCUGGCUGUGCAGUUAAGAAGCCCAGAUGACAUUACAAGUGGUACCUGUGGAACAACCUGUUGGAUGGCGCCAGAAGUUAUUGCCUGCAAAUACUAUCGAAACUGCACAUAUGGCUUAAAGUGUGAUAUCUGGUCGUUUGGCAUUACCGCCAUAGAGAUGGCAGAAGGACUGCCACCUUACUAUCACGCGUUUGAUCCAGCGGCCCUCAUUUACACCUAUGAGGCGCCCACACUAUAUGAACGAAACUAUUGGUCUGAAAGUUUUGAGGAUUUCCUAGCGCUGUGUUUGAUAAAAUCACCUGAUCAAAGACCGACGGCCAAAAUGCUUCUCGAACACAGCUUUAUAAAGGAACAACCAAUGGCCGAUAGCAUGGAGAAUUGGUUAAUGGAUUAUAUCUACAGUGUGUACUGGAAUGCUGAAGGGUACGGCCCAGAAAAUGCCCAAUAAGAUACACUGAGGAGUAGUGGCAAAUAAGGACUAUAUCGGCUAUUUAAGCUACAGUCAUGGAACAGUGGGCCUACGUUACAUGUUCCUGAAUGGCAAGUCUUCUUAAAGGUCCUCAGGAACUGCAGCCAUAAUGAUUCCAUCUAAUGGACUGCGGCCACAAUGGAGCUGGACCUGGACUUUGGAAUGAAUGUCUGCGCUGGCUGAGAAGAGACUGCCAAUAAGAAAGCAGCCAGCGGGUGGUGGAGGGUUUAAGGAUUCCAACAUCCUUGGGAACUAAGUUCCCAGCCAAGUUUUGUAAAUAUGUCCGUAAAUAAAAUUGUAAUAUAUUUUGUCUGUGU